AUGGCGUUAUAUUGUGCCAUUUCUAAUGAAGUACCAGAUCACCCGGUGGUGUCCCCUUCAUCUGGUGCCAUUUUCGAAAGGCGGAUAAUUGAAAAAUACGUUCAGGAGAAUGGUGUCGAUCCUAUUAGCGGGAAAGAACUGGGUUUAGAUGAGCUGAUUGAAAUUAAAACCCCUCCAAUAGUGAAACCGAAACCACCUAGCGCUACAAGCAUUCCAGCAACGUUAAAGUUACUUCAAGAUGAAUGGGAUGCAGUUAUGUUAUACAGUUUCACUCAAAGACAACAGCUUCAAACUGCUAGGCAAGAACUCAGCCAUGCUCUAUAUCAGCAUGAUGCUGCUUGUAGAGUUAUUGCUAGAUUGAACAAAGAAGUUACUGCUGCCAGAGAAGCACUUGCUACUCUUAAACCCCAAGCUGGCAUUACAAGUGUACCACAACCUGCAGUGGCAGCAGAAGCUGCAGGAGUGGCUAACCAACCAACUGAACAGGCUGUUAUGAGUACUGAAGUAUUACAGAAGUUGCAAGAGAAAGCUACAGUUCUCACACAGGAGCGUAAAAAGAGAGGUCGUACAGUUCCUGAAGAGCUAACAACACAGGAACAACUCAAGUCAUUCAAAACACUAGCAUCUCUCAUUGGUCUGCAUUCAGCAAGUAUUCCUGGUAUUUUAGCAUUAGAUGUUCACAAUUCUGACACAAGUAAAGUGCUUACUGGAGGAAAUGACAAAAAUGCCACAGUUUUCAAUAAAGAUACUGAACAAGUUGUGGCUAUACUCAAGGGCCAUACUAAGAAAGUUACAAAGGUUAUUUACCAUCCAGAUGAAGAUCUUGUGCUUACAGCUUCUCCUGAUUCCACAAUUCGAGUAUGGAAUGUUCCUACAUCACAAACCACUCUUCUUCUGAGGCACCAUGAUGGUCCAGUUACUGGUCUUUCUCUACAUCCUACAGGGGACUAUGUUUUGUCUACAUCUGAGGACCAACAUUGGGCAUUCUCAGAUAUCAGGACAGGUCAUUUGCUCACUAAAGUUUCAGAUAAUUCCAAUGUACCACUAACAACUGCACAACUCCAUCCUGAUGGGCUCAUUUUUGGCACAGGAAUGGGUGAUUCACAGGUGAAAAUCUGGGAUUUGAAGGAACAGAGUAUUGUUGCAAAUUUCACAGGUCAUUCAGGAGCAAUAACAACAAUAUCUUUCUCGGAAAAUGGUUAUUAUUUAGCUACUGCGGCAGAUGAUGCUUGUGUAAAACUGUGGGAUUUGAGGAAAUUGACCAAUUUCAAAACAUUGCAACUAGAUGAAGGGUAUCAAAUCAAAGACUUGAGCUUUGAUCAAAGUGGUACUUAUUUGGCAGUGGCUGGUAGUGAUGUUAGGGUUUAUCAGUGCAGACAAUGGCAAGAACUUAAAGUAUUCAAUGACCAUACAGCAACUGCAACUGGUGUUAGAUUUGGCAAACAUGCUAGGUUUAUUGCAUCUACUUCUAUGGAUAGAACUUUGAAAUUGUAUGGUUUAGAAUAG